AUGUCCUCGUCACGUUCCAAUGAGUCGCCGGACAGCUCGAAGGCCAAUCGAACUCCCACCUUGCUGACCUCCGGCCUCCAAAGCGACAGUUUCCCGAUCGCAGCGACGAAAAGCUCCUGCGAAGUCGAUAAGGACGCAGUCGAGUUGCGAAGAUUGCGCCAUCAGCACGGCUACCACCAUCGCAGCAAACAUGGCGACAAUAGCGACGAAGAUUCCGGCUCGGGCUACGGCAACAAGGAGAGCGACGAUGACGGCGACACUGACGAGGAAAAGAGAAUCAUGGUCCUCCCGCUGAAGCAUGUCGAGACCCCAUCGGAGGAAUACACACUUGAAGAGGAGGCGACCGUGGUGCGCAAGCUGGACCGCAAGCUGGUGAUAUUCCUGGGGUUUCUGUACAUGCUGUCCUUCCUCGACCGGUCCAACAUUGGCAAUGCGCGCAUAGCUGGGCUGGAGCAGGACCUGUCGCUCUCGUCUUCGCAGUACGACUGGCUCUUGACGGCCUUCUACAUCACGUACAUUGCGUUCGAGUGGAUGAUCCUGCUGUAUCGAGUGGUGCCGCCGCAUGUCUACAUCUCAAUGUGCGUGCUGUCCUGGGGCAUUGUCGCCAGUCUCCAGAGUGUGACGACCUCGUUCAAGCAGCUGCUCGUCCUGCGUGGACUGUUGGGAAUCACCGAGGCGGCGUUCGGCCCAGGGGUCCCCUUCUACAUGACGUUCUUCUACAAGCGCUCCGAACUGGCGUAUCGAGUUGGUCUGCAGAUAUCGGCCGCGCCGCUGGCCACCAGCUUCGCCAGUUCCUUGGCUUGGGUCAUCAUCAAAGUGAGUCAGAACGGGCCGAUCGCUCCAUGGCGUGUCCUGUUCUUGGUCGAAGGCUUCCCGUCCAUUCUCACGGCCGUCGCGGCGUGGUACUACAUCCCCGACUCGCCGGCCAAAGCGCGAUACUUGACGGCGCGAGAGCGAGAUGUUGCAGUCCUGCGACUUCAAGUUGAACAGCGCCAGUCACAGUCGCAUUCAUCGUAUGGCGUCUCACCGCCUGGGGGUCAUGGCCUCAAGACCAAGGUCAUUCUCUCCGCCCUCCUCGAUCCCAAAUCCUACCUGACCGCCCUCAUGUUCCUCAGCGUCAACGUCUCCUUCAGUUCCCUUCCCGUCUUCCUCCCUACCAUUAUACACAGCAUGUCCUUCUCCGCUGUGGCAUCACAAGCCCUCGCCGCGCCGCCUUACCUUUUCGCCUUUGUGUUCGUCCUCCUGGUCGGCCGAUACAGCGACAAUGUGCCCGACUCCCGCUCGUGGUUUUUGGUCGCGGUCUCCCUGCUGAGUGCUCUCUCGUACGCCAGCAUCGCCAUUGCUGGGUCGUUCCACGAAUCACUCGGCCAGGCAGGUAGCAUCACAAUCCGCUAUGUCGCCGUCUACGGGGCCGCCAUGGGCUUGUUCGCAUCGGUCACGCUGAUCAUCACGUGGACAUUGAACAAUCAGGCCACCGCGACUGGGAAAGGGACCGGCCUCACCAUCCUAAACGUGGUCGGCCAAUGCGGGCCACUCAUUGGUGUCCAUGUGUUUCCAGAAAGUCAGGGCCCCUUCUACAUUCAGGGCAUGGCUGUCUGCGCAGCUUUCAUGGCCGUCGGCGUGGCUGGCUUGGCAGUCGUGUUGAAACUUGUGCUUCGGCGCGAGAACGCCAGGAAUGGUUUCUAUCCCUCAGGAAGCGGAAGCGAUGGGUGGGAACUCAUGAGCCCGUCAUUGGCUGCGAGGGAUGCGGAAGAGGACAACGACCCUGCAGUCCGGUCGGACGAAGUCAAGAAAACGCUGAUUGGGAGGGCGAGAAAGGUCAACGGCGAAAGCGCAGGCUUUCGAUACAUACUCUGA